AUUGCCGUAUCUCCAGGCAGCAGCGUCAGUUCCCUGACUGCAGUCACAGCUAUGAGUAGCACUUCUGUCACAGAUGCCUCUAUGCCCAGGCCAUCGGAAGACUUGACUGUGAGCCCCAAGUUGCAGCAGGACACCAGCCUCGCGCUGAGUAGCAGCAGCAGUCUCCAGACUAGUCCUAGGAGCCAUUCAGUUCUUAUCCCAGGCCUCCCUGACAAGCUGGCACCAAAGGCACCCGUUCCAGUCACGCCAGGAAACCCCUCUCUAGCACUGGAACUGCAGGAGGUGGAGCCCUUGGUGGUGCCCCAGGCUUCUCCCACCCGCGAGCGCUCUCCAGAUGUCAUUUCCUCUGCUUCCACAGCCAUGCCCCAAGACAUCCCAGAGAUUGCUUCCGAGACCUUGCAACGCAGCUUUGCAGCAGCUCCAUCUGGGCUCCCUGCAGAGGUGCUGGAGCCCAGUCAUCAUGCAGACAGUAUGGCAUCUGCUGCCUCAGCCUUGCAUUUGCUGUCUCCAAGGAACCGACACAAUUCAGAGCACAGCCACCGCUCUUUGGACAUGCCUCCAGUGGAGGUGGACAGACUGAAUGCUCCAUCAUUACUGGAGACUGCUUUAACUCAGGAAAAUGCAUCUUCUGACAAUGUUGUGAGUCAGCCGUGGCCAGCAGCUCCUGACAUAACCAGAGAAACCAGGAACAGCAUGGCAGACAGCCCAAGGGAUGAGGUUGAAGAAAAGCACAAGAGCUCUUCCUAUCAUCGACACAGCUACCACUUGCUGCAGCAUGACAGCCAGGAUGCUAGUGCAGAACAAAGUGACCAUGAUGAUGAAGUUGCAAGCUUGGCUUCUACGUCAGGUGGAUUUGGUGCCAAAGCAUCUACGCAGAGGCUGCCUGUGAAGGACUGGAAAGCCAAGGCAUCCCCCCGGGCUUCCCCAAAGCUAAAGCGGAAGGGCAAGAAAGAUGAUGGGGAUGUGAACCAGUCGCCAAGAUCGUCUAACAGCCAGGUGACACCAGAGUUCCAGGAUGAGCUGCUGUGCAUGUUGAGGAGCCAACAGCGGGAGCUCUCUGAGCUGCGUCAGAACCAGAUGGAGCUGCUGCAGAGACUCACAGAUCACCUUGAUGCCAUUCAGAGCUCCCUUAUGGGCCAUGUGGAGAGGGUGAUUCACUCCCAGCAGGAGCAGGAACAGAGAAGACUAGACCGAGUGCUGGCGGAAGGACAGCAGCGAAAUGGGCAGCUCCAGGAGCAUCUAUCUCAGCAGCUCUCUCAGUCCCUUUCCACUGCUUUGUGUAACCGUCUGGAGAGGACCAUUCGUGAGGAGAUGAAGAAGACCGUACCGCAGUGCAUUUCCAAGAGCAUGGACCCCAUCGCUGGCCAGCUAAGUAACACUAUUGCCGCCAAGCUCACUGCCGUUGAGGGGACACUGAAAGAGAGUAUCACCAAGCUGGUGAAAUCAAAGAACCUUACAGAUACUGUUGUGAGAGCGACGGCCGAUAUCCUGCAGGGGCCGAUCCAGUCAGCUUGCAGGGAAGUGUUUCAGAGCGCUGUGUUGCCAGCCUUCGAGAAGAGCUGCCAGUCCAUGUUCCAGCAAAUCAAUGACACCUUCAAGCAGGGCACACAGGAAUAUAUCCAGCAGCUUGAGACUCACUUGAAGAACAAGAAGGUACGAGAACAGGAGGCCCGGGACCCGCUGCUGAAUCAACUUCGACAACUCAUCAGCACCUUCCAGAGAACCACCGAGCAGCUGGCUUCCACUGUCACAGCCAGCAUCCAUGCUGAGGUGCAGCAUCAGCUGCAUAUUAUCGUGGGCAAGUAAGUUGGCAGCUGGGCUUGUGGCAAGAGAUGUCACUG